AUGUCGGCCCAACCAUGCUCCCAUUUCGGCCACACGUUGUUCAUGUUGUCGGUGCGCCGGAGGGUGAGGAAGGUCAAGCUCCUCGUGAGCCGCGUGCUCGCGUGCAUCGCGGCGGGCAUGGUCUUUCUGUACGAGUACACUGGUUCGGAGUCGAGCAAGCGUCUGCUGGGAGGCGUGUCGACGCCGCCAACUCAAACGAUUGCGUACUUGAGCCCCCUCAUCAGCGCUUUCCUGCCCGUCGUGGUAUCGAAUCCCAGCCUCGUCCGGUCGACGUUCGAAGCUCUCGGGGGCAGCCCCAGCAACAAGUCGUUUGUCGGGUAUCUCGACACACCCGACGCGUUGUCAUCUGGGACGUGCUUUGGACCGACGAGCCCCAUCACGGUGGCUUCGUCGGGAUGCCGCACCCCGUCCGACAUUGACUACCUGUACAAGCCAUCGUACCUGCACAACGUGCUCAAGUAUGCCCUGGCCGAAUUCCCUUUGUGGAAUUUGACCGACUUAUGGGUCGUUUUCGAUUGUUCGUAUGAAGGGCGCCAAGUCGAUGACACGACGGUGGUCAAGGUCUUCCUCGUUGACAGCAACGUGGAAUCGUUUUCGACAUUGAUGCUCCAAGUGCUCAGCAUCCAUCGGCCCGCCAAGCAGCGGCGAACGUCUGGGGGUGUGGCCAUGUUUACAUCGACGCCGGUGGCGUCGAUGGAGGUGGUGGACGGGCUCGUGACGUCGUCGGCGACCGCACGGUAUGACGUCGCGAUGGGGUUUUUGUUCCCGUACGAGUGGGCGCCAUUUGAACCGAUCGAGCUCGAGUCGCUCGUGCCGCCGGACGGGCAGUGGCAUGCCACGAUUGUGUCGACGAACGAAGCGUUUGUGUUUGCUGGCACGACGGGCAUCUUUCGCCGGUCGCCCGACAUCCAAGCCAGCUUCAAUUACUUUUACUGGGACCUGCCGCCCGAUCCGAUUGCAUUCGCCGUGACGAUCCAAUUCCAAGGCGUGAAGGUGUUCAAGGAUAGCUGGGGCUGGUUCCGGUGCUUCCUCGGGGUCGGCAUCGGGUUCAACAUUGCCAUCAACACGGCCGUCGCAUUCCUCGUCAUGUGCAACAUGUGGACGAUGGAUGGCGUGUUGUGGGUCCCGGACAUUUACCCGUCGAUCCAGAGCCGCGCGUCGAUCCGGGCGUCGCUGCUCUUUGUCGACUGCGUCCUCAAUGGGUGGUGGUACCCCCACCAGUGGGCUGUGAACCAAGGAAGCGUGCGCAACAAGUGGGGCGGCACGCUUGCUUUCAACGAAAUCUCGCGGGCGGACGGGCUCAUGGUUGUGCUCGCCACCACGUACGUGGUGGCCCACACUCUGCGGGUACGCGUGCCGCUUGUGACCGUGGUCUUGAUCUACGCGCUGUGCUACUCCUUCCGGCAGUCGCUGAUCCAAGAAAUCGGGCUGUGCGUUGCGCGCGUCACGCCGUUCAUCAAGCACAACUACUUUGACAACAUCCUGCCCACCGGCAACGGUGCCAUGGACUUGUGGGCAUACCACGAAAACUACGAGUCCAACUUUUGGCUCAUCGCGAACGAAUGCACGUACUUGAUCGUGGCGAGCGGCGCCAGCAUCGCGUACGUCGGGCUCGUGCACGCAUGGGACUCUCGGGGCAAACCGACGUCGCGCCAAGCCAUGCCAUCGGUGCUCCGCUUCCAGUGGCACCCCGUCCGCUGGAUCGUCAAGUGGUUUUUCGUCCACGUUGGCAAGACCAGCGUCAAGAGCCAUGACACCGUCGUGCCCCGCAGCCACUGGUCGCUGCGGUCGACGUUGUAUGUCGAGCUCAAUGAACAAGACACCGACAAUGCCAACGUCGAACGAUGCGCGGGGAGCAUCGUGGCCAACAUCCACGGCUUCGUCGCAUGCACCAACGACUACGAGCUCGAUGGGAGCGACGUGUUUGUGUCGCCAUCGGGGGUGUGGCUCCUCGGAUUUGUUGUCGUCAACAACCAGUUUGUGGUCGGCAUCAACCACUACAUCAAGGUCGCGUUCAAUGCGCUCGUGGGCCAGACGUACUUUAAAGUGUACGGGUUUGCCCUCACCGGCGACGUCGUGAGCGCACGCAAGACGCGGCUGCUGGCCGCUGACAUUCCCCGCCGCGACGUCUGGCGGGUGUCGUUGAAGCGCCUGCGAUGA